UGUACAAAAGAGUAAAAUCCUCACAAGUCACAAGCCCUCACCACAACCACAACUCUUAUCCUUUCAACCCCAUCUCAGAAACACUUUACAGUUGGUUUUUCGAACACCAAACCCAAAACAUGGCAACCCUUCAAUUUACAUCCUUCACUUUUUUCAAACAGAAGCACCCCACAACUAAGCUCCCCUCUGCUUUUCAGCUCAACACAAGGCCACGCCUUGGUUCAGGUUCACGGCCACUCACUGUCACUGUGAGGUCUUCUUAUAAAGUGGUGAUUGAACAUGAGGGCCAAACUACACAGCUUGAAGUUGAACCUGACGAGACCAUACUAUCAAAGGCAUUGGAUUCUGGCUUGUCUGUGCCACAUGACUGCAAGCUUGGAGUUUGCAUGACUUGCCCUGCUAAGCUUAUCAGUGGCUCUGUUGAUCAGAGUGAUGGAAUGCUCAGUGAUGAUGUUGUGGAGCGUGGAUAUGCACUAUUGUGUGCUUCUUACCCUCGAUCUGAUUGUCAUUUUAGGACUAUACCAGAGGAUGAGUUACUCUCAAUGCAGUUAGCCACAGCCAAUGACUAAUCUAGUUUUCAGUUUUGAAUGUAAUUGGCCCCUUUCAGUAGAAUUGAGUCUUUUGAUUGUUUCUUAUUUCUUAUAAUUGAUAAUUGAUACUGUCGCUCUGCUUUGCCAAGUUACUUCAAUUAUAUGGAUUUUUAUUGAUGCAUGAUGAAA